GAGGUUUUACAUGAGAGACUCGAGGAGAUGGGUACACUGCAUUGAUAUCUUCCACGUUGUGCGCGAAAACCACACGAUCCCUCCCCGAUAUUACGCAGUCUAUUUAAACGCAACAUCCACACACCCAUUCCAUCACUUACCACUUUGGUCGUCUCACCUGCACUCGCGGUGUUCAGGAGAGGAAUCCAGUGAUGGAUCAGGACAAGUACCUGCCAGAUCUCAUUGCCGAGAAGGAGAGCUUGGACCCGUCGUUCGUCCACGCGAUGCGCCUUCUCGCUGAAGAGAUUGAAAAGUUCGAAGGAGACGAGUUGAGAAAAGAUGGCGAGGUGAAGAAAUACUUGGAUAUCAUCAGCAACAAAAACAUCAAACUGUCGGAGCGCGUACUGAUCCCGGUGCAGCAGUAUCCUAAGUUUAAUUUUGUUGGGAAACUGCUGGGGCCCAGGGGCAAUUCCAUGAAAAGAUUACAAGAGGAAACGGGAGCAAAGAUGUCCAUCCUCGGCAAGGGUUCAAUGAGGGAUAAAGGCAAGGAGGAAGAGCUGAGGAAAAGUGGAGAGGCGAAAUACGCCCAUUUGAGCAACGAUCUUCAUGUUUUGAUUGAAGUUUUCGCACCACCUGGAGAAGCCUAUUCCCGCAUGAGCCAUGCCCUGGAGGAGAUUAAGAAAUUCCUUGUUCCAGAUUACAAUGAUGAGAUCAGGCAGGAGCAACUCCGUGAGCUCUCCUACUUAAAUGGCUCAGAUGACCCAAGCCGAGGAAGAACCGCACGAGGACGAGGCUUACGUCUGACCUCCACAGCCUCCACCCGAGGUCGAGGGGGGGCAGCUCCACCCCCUCCACCUGGACGAGGAGCAGCAGCACCCAGAGGAACUGUGGGAACACGCACCUCUGUCCCAACACCCACACUAGCCAGGGGAGUGUCUGCACCCCGGGCCAGAGGAACUACAGGGACCCCUGGAUACAGAGCCCCGCUACUGCAAGCCACACACAAAUCAUAUGAUGACUACGGAUACGAUGAUGGUUAUGAUGGGGAAUAUGAUGACCAGAGUUAUGAGGGCUAUGAUGACAACUACAGCAACAAGUGCACAAAGCAGAAAAGUGUCUCAGAAUAUUAUGAAUAUGGACACGGUAAUAAUGAUGAAGCCUACAACAAUUAUGCUUACUAG